AUGCAGUCAAUUUUCUUGCUGCUGGGCCUCUUUGCCGACGCCAUCUCCGCCAGCCCCUUGGGACAACAGCCGUUGGGCCGUCUCAGUCCAACGGAACUGCCUAGUGGGCAGCUGGCGGAGGGUUUGCGCAAACCUGUACGCGGACGAUUCUUGCAUAUAACUGAUUUUCAUCCCGACCGCCUCUAUAAGCCCGGAACCUCGAUCGAUCGCUCGUGCCACCGUGGUAAGGGCCCCGCGGGGUAUUUUGGAGCCGAGGGCACAGAUUGCGAUUCGGCUUUAUCGCUUGUGAAUGAGACAUAUCGCUGGAUCGAAGAAAACUUGAAAGAUGAGAUUGAUUUCGUGAUUUGGACCGGUGAUUCUGUCCGACACGACAAUGACGAGAAGCUCCCUCGCACGGCAGAUGAGAUUCUGGAUUUGAAUGCCUUCCUGUCGCAAAAAUGGAUUAGCAUUUUCGGUGAGGAAGGGGUUAGUGGGACCUCGAAUGGCGUGCCUAAAAUGUCGAUCCCUGUGAUCCCGACAUUCGGUAAUAACGAUAUCAUGCCCCACAACAUCUUCAACAAGGGCCCGAACAAGUGGACAAAGCGAUUUGCAGAGAUAUGGGACCAGUUCAUCCCAGAAGAUCAGCGUCACACAUUCGUCGAGGGCGGUUGGUUCACCACGGAGGUGAUCCCCGGUCGGCUAGCGGUCAUCAGCCUAAACACCAUGUACUUCUUCGAUUCUAACAGCGCGGUGGAUGGAUGCAACGCCAAGUCAGAACCUGGAUACGAGCACAUGGAGUGGUUGCGAGUGCAAUUGAAAAUUCUGCGCAGUCGCAAUAUGAAAGCGAUCCUCAUGGGCCAUGUCCCCCCGGCCCGGUCGAGCGAGAAAAAGAACUGGGAUGAAACAUGCUGGCAAAAAUACACGCUCUGGAUGCACCAGUACCGUGACAUUGUUGUCGGCAGCUUUUACGGCCAUAUGAACAUCGACCACUUCAUGCUCCAGGAUAGCAACAAGGUCGACAUUGAUUCAAAUGUCAAUGGGAAGCUGUCGAUCAGCUCAAAGACCGACUACCUUCAAUCGCUCCGAAACCAAUGGUCCUCAUUGCCAUCUCCUCCGUCGGACAUUUUCGAGGAGCUUGACUCCAUAUCGAAUUUGGGAGAUAUCUCCCCGGAGGUUGGAACAAACAAGAAGGGUAAAAAGAAGAAGAAGAAGCAGAAGUUCUUGGACAAGAUUGGAGGCCCGUGGGCAGAACGAUACAGCGUAUCGCUAGUGUCUCCCAGUUUGGUCCCGAAUUUCUUCCCCAGUCUGCGCGUGAUCGACUACAACACCACGGGACUGGACGUUGUCACACAUGGUGUGGAGAUGUUCGGACGUGAGGUUGACGAUACAGCGGUUGAACUGGAUCAUACUGCAGUUAAUCCACCGGAAACCAGCAACGACUCUGUAAUCCCCCCCGAAAUUCAGAAGAAGAAGAAGAAAAAGGGCAAGGACAAGAAAAAGAAACCCAAUUUCAAAGUCCCCGAGCCCCCAUCGCCAACUGCCCCUCCCGGUCCGGCAUACUCGAACCAGGCGUUUACGAUGCUUGCCUACACUCAAUAUUACUCAAACCUAACAAAAAUCCACGAACAGAUCGCGGCAGGCAAACGAGGCCACGAUCAUCGUCUUGACUACGAGAUCGAGUACACCACAAAUGAUGACGUGUAUCAAAUGAAAGACCUUACAGUACGCAGCUUCUUCCAACUCGCAGCUAGAAUUGCCGAGGAAGGAGUUGAAGAAAAGCACACCAGCGAUGCCAAUAGCCAAGGCGCCGAGUCGGCUGGCAAGCAAAAGAAGCCAGCGAACGAUAUCUGGCGGGUUUUCUUGAGGCGCGCAUUUGUUGGAUUCCCAGUCGAUGACCUAGAUGAAUAG